AUGAAGGCGGUCGUUUUCCAUGGCGCCUUCGACAUAAGGGUCGAGGACCGGCCUGAGCCUCAAAUCCGUGAUCCUACCGAUGCCAUUGUCAAGGUCCAAACGGCCGGUCUAUGUGGAAGUGAGCUGCACAUGUAUCGUGGACAUCAGACUACAAAGACCGGGCAUAUCAUGGGCCACGAGUUUGUCGGCAUCGUCACGGCCGUUGGGCCUGACGUACGUACGCACAAGGUCGGUGAUAAAGUGGUAUCCGUGUUCGCGGCGGUGUGCCAGAAAUGCUGGUUUUGCCAACAUGGCUUGGGCCAGCGGUGUGAGAACUCUCUCGCCUUCGGCACCCAACAGCUCGACGGCGGACAGGCCGAGUACGUCAGAGCGCCAUUCGCGGAUGGAACUCUGCACCAUGCACCCGCCCAUCUGGACGACAAUCUCCUGGUCAUGAUGUGCGAUAUUUUUCCCACCGGGUAUUAUGGCAUGAUACGGGCCCUGGAGUUUGUCGGCGCGCGUUUUGUUCCUCAAACGCUGGACGAGGCCGUCUUUGUCUGCCUCGGGUGUGGGCCGGUGGGUAUCUGCGCCUUGAUGACGGCCGUCACGAAGGGAGUGAAGAAGAUCUACGCGGUCGACGCGGUCGACGAGCGUUUGGCCGAGGCGGAGGCCUUGGGCGCGAUCCCUCUUAAGCUGGGGAGAGACGACAUUCAAAAGACGGUGCUGGAGGCGACUGAAGGUCGAGGCGCCGACGGGGUCAUCGAAGUGGUGGGCAACAAGGCCGCUCUACGGUCGGCAUUCGACCUGACGAGACAGUGCGGCGUGCUGUCGUCCAUCGGCUUCCACCAGGGCGAGGUCCCUUUCCUGGCGUCCGAGUGCUAUGCCAAGAACAUCACGGUCAAUUUCGGCCGGGCUCCCAUCAGCACCCUGUUUACCGAAGCCCUCGAGUGCCUGGAGCAGAACAGGGAGAGGGCGGCGUCCUUUGUGUCGCAUGAACUGCCACUGAGUGAAGCGGCCAAGGGGUUCGAUAUCUUUGAGAAGUAUCAAGCGCGAAAAGUGGUGUUCAAGGUGUGA